AUGCCUCACGGCCGUCCCGCGAAGCGGAGGCGCCUAUCACCACCUCUUGACGACAACAAAGACUCUGAGACCAUCAAGGCCUCUGACCUCUUCGUCCGCGCCGCAGAUUGGGAUCUCGAGCAAGAGUACGAAAAGAGGUCGAGACAGAAAAAGACCAAAGAGUCAACGAGACUUCCUAUCAAGACCGCCGAGGGCAGGGUCCAGAGAGUAGAAGAGAAGAUACACAAUGAAAACGAGGAAGAGUCGGAUAGUUUCCUGGGAUCUGGAACAGACGACGACGGAGGCGACGAGGACAAGGACGAGACGACACCUCCCACCGAGACAGAAUCCGCCGUUCCACAAGUCCCUCUCAGGCAACAGAUUGUCGCGGCGAAAGAAGAGAUUGCCCGCAUCGCCGGCCUACUGAAUGAAGAUCCCGAGGAGCACGCCGGCUCCUUCAAGAAGCUCGCACAAGUAUCUGGUGGUCCCACUGCGCCCGUUGCGGUUCAAAAACUUGUCCUCGCCGCACAAGCCGCCGUGUACAAGGAUGUGAUUCCGGGAUACAGGAUACGCUCUUACAAAGAUGAAGAACUCGGGAACAAGAUCUCCAAGGACGUGCGGCGAACGAGACAAUAUGAGCACGCUCUGGUCACUGGAUACCAAGCAUACGUGAAACAGCUGAGCAGUCUCGCGAAGGUCCGAAAGGGCGACGCAGAUACACUCUCCUUGCGCACUGUUGCGAUCAAUUGCGCAUGCACACUCCUCCUCUCCGUGCCACAUUUUAAUUUCCGGACUGAGCUGUUGAAUAUCCUCGUCCACGAAGUCGCCAGCCGUGACUCCUCACCCGACUAUCUCAAAUGUAUCGAGACACUUGAGGAGUUCUUCUCCCACGAUGAAGAUGGAGCGCCGUCCCUCGAAGCCGUCAGCCUGCUCACUAAGAUGAUGAAAGCCAAAGACUAUCGGGUCAGGGAAGAAGUACUCAAUACGUUCUUCUAUCUACGUCUACUGUCCGAGUUGCCACCACCUGGCUCAAGCAGUAAAUCAGACAGGUCAGAACAGCCAGCGAAGCUGCACGGACGCAAGGUGAAGCAACAGACCUCGCAGCAUCUAUCGAAGCGCGAACGAAAAUUGCUCAAGCAGCGCCGCGAAGUCGAGAAAGACAUGGCCGAAGCCUCGGCGCUGGUCGACCACGAAGAGCGCGAGAAGAUCCAGUCUGAAACUCUGAAAUUGGUGUUUGUCACGUAUUUUCGCGUCCUGAAGGCCAGGGUACCAGAACUUAUGGGUGCCGUGCUUGAAGGAUUGGCAAAAUACGCGCACCUGAUCAAUCAGGAUUUCUUCGGUGAUCUCUUGGAGGCGCUCAAGGAGAUUGUGAGCGCAGCUGAUGAGGCCGUGAGAGGUGAUUUGGACAUGGAGGAAGCUGCUGAAGCAGAGAGGACACCGACGAAUGUGGAUGGGGAGACGAUCCGCAACAGGAAACGCGAAGGCCUCCUGGCGACUCAAACUGCAUUCACACUGCUCUCGGGCCAGGAGGUCUCCAAAGCCGCCUCGAGCUUACAUCUUGACCUGAGUUUCUUCACGGCGCAUACCUACCGUUCAUUGUACCCGCUCUCGCUGGAUGCGGACGUCGAACUCGGCCCGAAAUCGCUUCGUCUUCCCGACCCACACUCCUCCAAAUCUGCGUCGUCGUCAAGCUCACCGAACAACAGAAUCAACAUCUCCACGCCUAUCCUCUUACUCACGCGCGUCUUGACAUCUAUCCUGCUGAUGCCCUCGUCCCCACCGCCCACGCAGACAGUUUUAUCGUUCUUCAAACGGCUCCUGACUGUCUCCCUUCAAUUGCCUGAGAAAUCCACGUUGGCAGUGCUGAAUCUGAUGGCCAAGAUCGCGGAUAAACACGGGCGCAAGAUCGAAGCCUUGUGGUACAGCGAUGAAAGGAAAGGAGAUGGGGUAUAUAGGGGCGACAGCGAGAGUGUAGAAGGCACAAAUGUGCUAGGGACUGGUAGCGGCGUUUGGGAGGCCGAGCUGUUAAAGAGGCAUUACUGUCCCAAGGUCAGAGAGUCGGCUCAGAGCGUCGAGGGGAUCAUUAGAGAUAUGCACAGAUAG